UAUGCAACAUAACCUAUCACUUUUCUCAAUGAUAAACAAUAUAAUAAAAUAAUUCAUGUAUAUAGAAAUAAAUAAAAAAUGGAAAAUUUAAAAAAAGAAUAUAAAUUAGAACCUGAAUCUGAAUUACGUUUUGAAAUCGAAUCAAGAAAUAAAAAAGUGACUUUAGAGUUAAAAUCAGGUGCAGCUGAAUUAUUUGGCACUGAAUUGAUAGUAAAUAAAAAAUAUGAAUUUUCUGCAACAAAUAUUGCUGUUAUAACAUGGCAAGGUUGCAUAAUUGAAUUAGAAGGAGAUCCAGAUAUUGUUUAUAUAACAAAAGAAAGUCCAAUGUUAAUUUAUUUAAAUUGUCAUACAAUUUUAGAACAAUUACGUGAAUUAGCGGAGGAAAAAAAUGAAAAAGGUCCUGUAACAAUGAUUGUUGGUCCUUGUGAUGUGGGAAAAUCGACAUUAAGUAAAAUACUUGUCAAUUAUUCAUUGAGAUUAAAUAGAAAUCCAAUUUAUGUUAAUUUAGAUGUAGGUCAAACAGAAUUUGGCCUACCAGGAACAUUAGGCGUUGUAAUGCCAAAAAAAAAUUCAUCAACUAUUGAAACAAAUUUUAAUAAUGAAGCACCAAUUAUUUUUCACUUUGGUUACAGUUCACCAUUAUGUAAUCAAAGUUUUUAUAAAUUAUUAACAACAAGAGUAGCUGAAGUUUGUGAUGAGCGUGUAAAAUUAAAUUCGGCGGAAAAAUAUUCGGGAAUUAUUAUUAAUACUUGUGGUUGGACAAAGGGAGAUGGUUAUAGAUAUUUAAUUCAUGCUGCCUAUGCUUUUGAAGUUGAUGCAAUAAUUGUAAUGGAUCAACAACAACUUUAUAAUGAUUUAAUUCGUGAUAUGCCAAAAUUUGUCAAGGUGGUUCUUUUGCCAAAAAGUAGCGGCGUAGUUAAAAGAAAUGAAACACAAAGAGCCGAAAGUAGAAAUAAUUUAAUUUACAAUUAUUUCUACGGUAUUCCAAAAUUAAUUUCUUUUAAAAUAGAUUUAAAAUUUGAAAAUAUUUCCAUUUUUAGAAUUAAUAUUUCAUCGGGUUUUUCGUCAGUUGCAAAAAAAUUACCAGACACAACAUUAAUGCCAAUUAAACCAAUUCCAAGUAUGAAAAAUUGUUUACUUUCUGUUUCUCUAGGAAAAUUAAAUCAAAAUGAUAUUGUUCAAUCGAAUAUUGCCGGAUUUUUACACGUGCAAGAAGUAAAUAUGCAAGAAAAAAUAAUUACAGUAUUAAGUCCACAGGCGCAAUUAAAGAAAGACUUAAUUUUAUUACUCUCAGAAGUUAGAUAUUGGAAUGAUAAUGAUUAGAAUUUAUUUAUGUAUAUGUAUAUAAUUUUUAUAUAAAAGCUGUUUUUUAAAAAUUCA